AUGGUUGCCAAAAUUGGUGUUUUCCCAGCCGCUGGUGGUCUCGGAGGAAGCACAGUGAACCACUUGUCCAAGCAAGUUCCCGCAUCGCAGCUGGUCUUGAUUGCAAGGAAACCAGAGAAGCUGGCAAAUUUUGAGCGAGAUGGAGCUACCGUCCGCCAAGCUGAUUAUGAUCAGCCAUCAUCGUUGGAGACAGCAUUUGAUGGCGUCGACGUUCUCAUGUUGAUCUCGUAUGCGUCUUUUGAACUCGAGCAUCGCGUGAAGUCACAUCGUCUAGCUAUUGAUGCAGCUUUGAAGAGCGGUGUGAAAUACAUCUUCUACUCCUCUCUCGGCUUCGGCAGCGGUCUAAGCGACAAAAGCGUUGCCCAUGUUAUGGGCGCCCAUUUGGAGACAGAAAAAUAUCUCUCGUCGCUCAAAGACAAAGUUUCUUACACUUCUAUCCGUGAAGGGCUUUAUUCCGAGUCGUUCCCGAUUUACACUUCAUAUUUCGAUCCCCAGAACCCAGUGAAUGAAAUCACGAUUCCCCACUCUGGCGACGGGCCAGGCGUGACGUGGGUGAAGCGCGAUGAGUUAGGCGAAGCAACCGCGAACUUGAUUGUGUCUUACGUCAACAACCCAACCAAUUUCAAGUAUCAUAACGAGAUUGUUCUGCUAUCCGGACCACGGGAGAUCUCACUUGCAGAGACGGUGGAGAUCAUCGGGCGGGUGCUCGGCAAGCCGCUCAGCAUCCGCGAAAUUUCGGUAGCUGAGUAUGCUAAGCUCCCUCAAAUCGGGAACAACAAUACAUACCACGGAGUCGAGCUUUCAAAGGAAUGGGCAACUGCCUGGCAGGCAAUCAAAAAUGGUGAAACUGCUGUUGUGUCGCCGGCCCUUGGAGAGAUUCUUGGCCGUGAGCCAGAGAGCUAUGAGCAGACUAUCAAGGAGUUGCUUGCUUGA